AUGCGCAUUAUCAUGCACUCCCUCAUUCCCUUCCUCGCUGCUGUCGCGAUUUCAUGCUCCGCUGCACCCAUAGCACAGCCGCGAGAGUACCUCUCCUUGAUGACUCGCGAAGUCGGAGAGCUAGAUGCACGAGACAUCUCUGCCCCAGUCUUCGAGGCCCGAGAAGAGCUUGACGACCUCGAACUUCGUACAGAUGACCUUGCGUGGCUUGUUGAGCGGAUGAAUGGCUGGCCUGGCCCUGGCAUGAAGCACAAGAACGAACAUGCGGCUGGAGGUGUGCCGACAUCAGGCUUCCACCCUGUGCCCGAGAACACCUACUACAGGACGCACAACAAUGUCUACAGCGGUGCCCAAGUGAACCAAUACGCUCACAACAUGGUGCAGAGCAUACCACACGCCGACCCCUGGAACCGCAAAGCCAAUAGCCGGCUCAAGUCGUACCCCAAGCCCAGCACUGGCUUCCGCAACAGCGAAGCCGCCAACCCAGCACCGAACUCGCCGCACUCCGUCGCGUACCACGCGCCCAUCCCGCCGCGGCGCUCAAACACGAUGCCCGCGCGCCCCACGCGCCCGGGAGGGUCGUAUAAGGUCGGCACGGACAGGGUGUAUGGACACAGGCAUAUCAACGACCCGAAUUUGACGGUUGGGGUGUCGUACCAUGACCCGAAGAAGCCUAUCCCCGCGCCCGCGCCUGGGGGCACACCGUCGAGGAACCAUCCAUUCUCGGUGGCGCAGCCUAAGAAGGGCGGUCCAUUGAAGAGGUUUGGAGCGAAGAUUGCGAAGGCGGUAAGCAAGCCGUUCAGACCGGUCAAGAAGGCGUUGAAACGCACGAAGACCCUUUGA